UCCUUAUAUGGUCAAAUGACACGGCGGGGGUUCUCGAGGGCGGGAGCCGCGCAGCGCUCCACUUGGCCGGCAGCGGAGCCGCAGCCACCAGCCACCCGCGCCCGCCAGCCCCGUCCGGGAGUCCCCGGCCCGCUGCGGCGCCGUGAGUACCUCCAACCCCCUGCGCCCCGGAGGGAGGCCGAGGGGCUUAGCCACCAGGGCUCGGAAGAGGGGGCCGAAUCCGGUGCGAGACCCAGGGAGAGGGGAGCAGAGCCGGAGUUGGGGAGACUGUGGAGUUUGCAAACUGUGUCUUCCUGGAGACUAGGCUGGCAUUUUGACUUUGGGGCUGCUGAAAAGCCAGGAGUCAAAAUGACUGAGCGCUUUGACUGCCACCAUUGCAAUGAAUCUCUCUUUGGCAAGAAGUACAUCCUGCGGGAGGAGAGCCCCUACUGUGUGGUGUGCUUUGAGACCCUCUUCGCCAACACCUGCGAGGAGUGUGGGAAACCCAUCGGCUGUGACUGCAAGGACUUGUCUUACAAGGACCGGCACUGGCAUGAAGCCUGUUUCCACUGCUCGCAGUGCACAAACUCACUGGUGGACAAGCCCUUUGCUGCCAAGGAGGACCAGCUGCUCUGUACAGACUGCUAUUCCAACGAGUACUCAUCCAAGUGCCAGGAAUGCAAGAAGACCAUCAUGCCAGGUACCCGCAAGAUGGAGUACAAGGGCAGCAGCUGGCAUGAGACCUGCUUCAUCUGCCACCGCUGCCAGCAGCCAAUUGGAACCAAGAGUUUCAUCCCCAAAGACAAUCAGAAUUUCUGUGUGCCCUGCUAUGAGAAACAACAUGCCAUGCAGUGCGUUCAGUGCAAAAAGCCCAUCACCACAGGAGGGGUCACUUACCGGGAGCAGCCCUGGCACAAGGAGUGCUUCGUGUGCACUGCCUGCAGGAAGCAGCUGUCUGGGCAGCGCUUCACGGCUCGCGAUGACUUUGCCUACUGCCUGAACUGCUUCUGUGACUUGUAUGCCAAGAAGUGUGCUGGGUGCACCAACCCCAUCAGCGGACUUGGCGGCACAAAAUACAUCUCCUUUGAGGAACGGCAGUGGCAUAACGACUGCUUUAACUGUAAGAAGUGCUCCCUCUCACUGGUGGGGCGUGGCUUUCUCACAGAGAGGGACGACAUCCUGUGCCCCGACUGUGGGAAAGACAUCUGAAGUCAACAGAGAGAAGUUGCUGCUUGUGAUCUCACACACAGAUUUUUAUGUUUUCUUUCUCACCCAGGCAAUCUUGCCUUCUGGUUUCUUCCAGCCACAUCGAGACUUUCUUCUAGUGCUUUUCAGUGAUACUCACGUUUGCUUAAACCCUUUAGUGCUUUGUGCUAGUUCAGUCCCAGGGAAAGAGAAAACUCGCCCUAGGGCCUAGGUGGGAAGAUGGUUUGAAAUUUUUGUAAUUGAGUAAGGCACACCCAAAUGUAAAAAUCCUUUUGAAUGAUGCCUUUAUAAAUCUUUCUCUCACUGCCUAUUUAAGUGCAAUUAACAUAUGUCACGAACUUGAAAGUUUUCUAAACUCAAUAAGGUAAUGACCAGUUGGUAUUUACAGCUCUGUAACUUCCUGUUGCGUCAAGUCUAAACCAAGAUUAUGUGACUUGCAAUAAAGUUAUUCAGAACAGAA